GACCACUUGAACCUUUGACAACUGAAUGGUCGUUGGCUUCUUAUGAACGUUCCUAAGGACGUCUCCUAGUUGAUAGUACCAUUGGCAGUUAUAAUUACAUAUUUACGGUGUAGCAAUAUUUGAAACCCGUAGUUUGUCUGAAAAUCUGAAAGUGAGGACUGUUCAGUCACCUUUCCUACAUUCAACUAGUAACGAUGUGGGAUGACGUCAGCUACGUCGGACACUGAUUUAGUUUCACCCGGCCACGUAAUCAAAGACAGAUGGCGUGUUGUCAAAAAGAUUGGCGGUGGAGGUUUCGGGGAAAUAUACGAGGCUCAGGAGGUCAAUUCUCAGGAGAAGGUUGCACUGAAAUUGGAGUCAGCGCGGCAACCGAAGCAAGUACUUAAGAUGGAGGUUGCGGUCUUACGAAAGCUUCAAGGCAAAGAACAUGUGUGCAAAUUUCUCGGAUGUGGAAGGAACGAUCGGUAUAGUUAUGUUGUUAUGUCUCUCCAGGGUCGGAAUCUGGCAGAUUUACGACGUAGUAUGUCACGAGGACUUUUCUCUACAUCUACAACAAUACGUUUAAGUUUACAAAUUUUAAAUGCUAUUGAAGCUAUUCAUGAGGCUGGAUUUUUACAUCGAGAUAUUAAACCGUCAAAUUUUGCUGUAGGUAGACUUCCUACAAAUUGUCGAACAAUUUAUAUGCUAGAUUUUGGUCUAGCACGUCAAUAUACUACACCUAAAGGAGAUGUUCGUCCAGCACGUUCAGUAGCUGGAUUUCGUGGAACAGUACGUUAUGCAUCACGUAAUGCUCAUAUGAAUCGUGAAAUGGGUCGACAUGAUGAUUUAUGGUCAAUGUUUUAUAUGCUUGUUGAAUUUGCAUCAGGUCAAUUACCAUGGCGUAGAAUUAAAGAUAAAGAACAGGUUGGUCAAAUAAAGAACAAUUUCAAUCAUAUGACAUUAACACGCUGUCUUCCAAGUGAAUACCGUACAUUCUUAGAAUAUAUUGAAGGAUGUUCGUAUCCUGAUCGACCGGAUUAUGCUAUGCUUCGUGGUCUUAUAAAGCAGGCUAUGACUCGUCGAGAUGUUCAUGAGUCUGAUCCUUUUGAUUGGGAGCAACCAUUGACCGUAGCGGAUAGUCAACAACCUAAUUCAACUGCUGCACCUUUAACUCCUGGACCUGGAGCAAACGAUCAACAAGGUAGCCGUCAUAUGGGUGUAGGGUAUACAGGUUCUGCUACAGCUGGUAAUGCUCAACAUACGGGUUUUGCUGAUAGGAAAACCCAUGCAACUCAGCAUUUAGCAUCAAGUCAUCGACAUCCUCCUCCUCCUCAUCGUAAUGGUGCCCUUGGUCAAAUUCAACGUGGUGUAGAGACUAUGGGUUUGGGUACCGGUGUUAGCAUAGGCGGGAAUUCAAUACAUCAUCUGGCCAGUAGCAUGAAUGAAUCUUUACAAGAUGGCGUCCCUCCAGUGCUAAACGGCGGAAGAACUUUGUCAACUGAUUUAAUUGCUGGAGGAGAAAGUUUAGAUCAUAAUAACAAACGUCAUUCCCCACUCUCACCUCCUCCAACACCUGGGGCAGUUGGCGAGUUUCGAAAUCAUGAUCUUGGUAAACUGGUCACAGCAACUGUUGAAGAAAGCCUAGAACACGUUCAUAAAGCAACAAAUGAUACUGAUGCUGCUGCGCUCAUGACCGUUCACAAGGUACCAGAAUAUUCAUCUACAGGUCAUAAUACUGAGGAUUCAAAACGCAACAGACGUUUAAAUUCUACAGUAGGUUCAUCUGUUGGUGCUUUUAACCCUCGUGCUUCAUCGAAGCGUCAUGGAUCAAUGGCAGCGCUUAACCACAGAAGUACAACAGAAGUUGGUAAGUCAGUCGAGUUAACUCAUCAUAAUUCAGUAUCCAGAACUAAUGAGGAGAACGUAAAAGAAUCUAUUCAACAUUACCCUGGAAACCAACGCAAAAAUGAUAACUCUACUGAGCAUAGACCCUCACGACUACCUGUUCUUACACCUGUUAGACAAAGUCACCGUGAUCAGCAAUGUGGUGUUGCUGUAGACGCUCAGAACAGUAGUUCUGUGUUGCCAGCACAGCAGAUUUGUUCUAGUGCUCACCCUUCCAUUUCUACAGCUGAUAGAAGUAUCUAUGUAGCUUCACCUAGAGGAGGGGGUCAUAGUCUUAUUGGAACUGGAGGUAAUGAUAUAAGUAUUCUAACUGGAAAUUGUGGAUAUGCUGCAGAUCAAAGUCAAGCAAGCGUAGCUCAAAUGACUAAUGCUAUCGCGAUUAGUACAGUUGGUGGACGCUUCACUUCGGGAUCAAUAUCCCGUUUAACUAGAUUGAAUAGUUACGCAGCAGGUUCAAUGACUCAACUAGCUGGACUGGGUUUGUCUAGUCAAGAUCUAGUUGACAUCGAUGGUGAUGUCAACACUGGUUGUGAUGUCGGUGGUGGUGGUUGUCGUGGUUUAGUUGAAACACCAAAUAGUAAUCAGAAUUUACCAUUAGAUUCAUCAAAUAUCGAGUCACCGAAUGAAUCAGUUGGUAAGAAGACUGUUGAAAAUGCUGGAGCUAAAUAUCCCACCGCUACUAGUACUACUACUAGCAAUACUGGUGCCAAUCAGUUUAAGGAUAAUAUUUCAGAUGUUGGUGAUUCGGAUAUCAAACUUACCAACAAUGUUUCAUCAAAUCAUAUUACUGUCACUACAAGCAACUCACUGGGAAAUAAAACUGCUGACAAAAAUGCAGAUAUCAUCAUCGUCGGUGAUCCUGGUGCUGAAAUCAAUAAUCAGUCACUGAAUAUCAAUGGAAAAGCAUUAACUAGUAAUGGGAAAUCUUUAUCGACCAGUAAUCUGAGAAAGUCAAAUAUAAAGUCGAAGCUAUCUGGACGCCUUGCAAUAGCACCAUCAAUUUCGUCUACACAUCGUUCAAAAUUGACUAAAUCCAGUCUAGAUGAACCAUAUAUACAGGCAGAAGGAUUAAGAAGGUUUUCUAUGGAUAAUAUGAUUGAUCAUGGUGAUGAUGAAAAGUAUCCUGUCAAAGUAGUGAAUUUUGAUGAAUCACAUGAUGAUAGUCGAAGUUUAAAUCGAAGAUCUUUGUUGAAUGGUUGUAGACCAGUACCUGUACCACGUCAACGCCCUCACUUAGUAUCAUGGCAACCAGCUCGUAGUCCUAGUACCAAUGGUAAUAUAGAUAAUAGAAUCGCUUCAAAUCUUAUCUCUAAUUCUUCACAAAAUUUACACGAUAGUCUAAAUGGCAAUCAUGAUGCUUUUGUUAAUAAUAAUGGGAAUAAGAUUUUCACUGCAACUAGUAUAUCAUCGUGUGGUCAACAGAAAACUUUAGUAUCGAAUCGUUUAGUUAAUCCUGGUUGUGUUAUGGUGAAUCGGUUGAACACUGUGAAUAGUGGAAGUCAUCAUUCUCAAGUGAAUAGUAAUCGUAGUCGAACUAGCUGGAGUAACACUAGAAAUAAUAAUAAUAGUGGUGGUGGUAGCAAACCACGCAGUAUCAAUACAGUUUCUAUGAAUAUGGGACAGUCAGCGAAUAUUCUAAAUGGUAGUGGUGUUAGACCACAUGGUAAUUGGAAUCGUGGCCUUACUGAACUUCAAGAGAAUAAUAACAAUAAUCGACCAUAUGAUUGUAUUUUUGAACCUCGUCCAUCUAAUGAACUUAACGGUAACAUGAUUAGUAGUCGUCGAUUCCGGCGUACAUUACUACCUCGUUCAUCAUGUACUCCAUGUGAUGAAUCAUCAAGUGAUAUUGACUCAGAUGAUAGACAACCAAUGAAUGGUGGUAAUAUUGUAUACAAUAAUAAUAGUUACUUCAAUACUGCUUUAUCAAAUGACUUACCUGUACAUUGUAGUAGUGGUAUUGAAAAUUAUCCAUGUUUCGCUUCAAAUUGUGAUGAAAAAAAGAAAUGUAAAGAAAUUAUCAUCAAUCCAUUACAACAACAUAAGCAUCAAUCUAUGCAUGAACAAUCAGCUGAUCAUUAUUAUCAUCAUGAUGAUAAUGAUCACAGUUCCAGUUCUUCUUCUUAUAAUAUUAUUGAACCAAAUAAUAAUAAUACUGAUAUAUUGCAUAGAAGUCAAAGAGAUUUAUCUAGAGAUUCAAAUGGAUUGAAUAAUUCAUCUCCAUUAAUUGUAUUUGUUCCACGACCGUCGACAAAUCCAGCUUUAUGCGCCAAUACUGCUGCAAUAGCUCGUCGACGACGUUAUAGAACACCAUCAGAAGUAUCCAGUAUCAAUUCUAGAUUAUCCUUACUACGAACUAUUGAUUCAGGUGUAUGUGUUGAGUCGAUUAGAUAAACAAGGUGAUACUUUUGUUCAAUGUUUCAAUAUCGCUUCUUUCACAAACAGACACAUACAUACACACAUAUACUAGAUAAAUCUGUCGAUUAUUUUUGUUGGAAAAACUGUCUCUGUGUGUAUGUGUUAUUACGAUUAUUGAGUGUGCUUUUUCUCUCCUUGAAAUAGUCUAUUACAUAUUUUUUUAAUUAUUUUACUUGUGUUUAUUAUAUAAUAGGUAUUUACAUUUCUUCACCCAGACAUAGAUGAUAGCAUUUUAAUUUCUUAUGCGAAAACAACAACAACAACUUGCUUUCUUUUCAGUUUUCUUCUUUCUCCUAUAUCGUAUAUAUUAUUUCUUUUAAUGAAGAGUGAGAUGUUGUAGAGAUAAAUUACACCGGAGCUAUUAUUACCUUUAGAUGAUUUAUUGUGACAGUGAUGUCCUCCCCUUUCUCUUUCGAUUCAUCCAUUGUUUUGCUUCAUUAUUCUGAAGCAAUGCUUUCAUAUCUUCUCUAAAAUGAAUUGGUAUGUAUUUAUUUCGCCUUCUCUAUGUGGAUAUUUACUUCUCUUCUAACCGAUAUGAUUUACUACCAAUAAUAAUUUGUUAUUUUCCCCCAUGAAAUGCAUCUCUCUUUGAUAAGCGUUCAAUGAUGGUGAUGGGAAUAAUGGUCGUCGUUUAGUGUAGAAGAAAGGAAGAAAAAAAUGCAUCUGAAUACCUAUUCAGUUUUAUUCUUUGGCAGGUUUCUGAAGAAAGACUAUGCUAUAUUGCAUGGAACUUUGAAGAUUAUCAUCAGAACUAGUGGUGUACCUCUAAGUCUUCCAGUUGUGAAACUGUUGUGGACAAACAUCUUAACUCAUGUAGACAUCUGUCAGGAGUUAUUUUAUUAGAUGACCAGCAUCCUGUUCACUCGAAGCUCUCUGUGUGUUGGUCAUUUGGGAAGACAAGGAACAAGUACAUAAGACAUUGGGUAUGUACUGCUAAUAAAUAUCAAAUCUCUACAAUAUCGUAUUCAGCUUGUGUCGUGUGGAAUGAAGAAAGUAUUAGAAGUGAACUAACUAGUCAACUUCUACUUUUGAAAGCAAACUGAAUGAUGAUUAUGAUGAGGAUGUUACAAUUAAUGUAUUAUCAACGUAAUUGCUAAGGUGAUUGUUGACCUGACUUAACUCUGCAUUAUUAAAGUGGUUGUAAACAGAGGGAAUAUUCUUAUCUGUUUUUGCAUGUGAUUUCUACUUGUUUCAUUUUGCUAUGUAUACGUGUACAUUGUCUAUGUCCAACUGAUAAUAUAUGACAUGCAGUUAAAUUAUGUAGAGUAUUCUCGAAACAGCUUUCACAAUAAAG